AUGCAGAUGCUUCCAAAAGUGCACCGAGCUUUUGCUGAUUUUCAAUGCCGAGCGUCAGCUUCACGGUAUCCGCCUGCACCAACAAGAGGAUUCCAUAGCUUAAAGGGCAACGUCCAGAAUCUCAUGGUCAACGAGACUACGCGUGUCAUCUACCAAGGUUUUACAGGGAAAACUACUAAGGCAAUCAACAAUGCAAGAGAUGCCAUCGCACAUGGAAUAAACAUUGCAGCCCAAGCGGUUCGCCCUAAUGCGAGUCUGGUUCACGUCCCUGCCUCGUUCGCUUCAGGGGCGGUAGAGGAGGCCAUUGAAGCCGAGAUCCCUCUCAUUGUCGCCAUUGCCGAACACAUUCCUGUGCAUGAUAUGCUCCGAGUCCACGAGAUAUUGAGAACGCAGAGCAAAUCGCGACUCGUAGGCCCAAACACGCCAGGAAUUCUGGCUCCUGGCAAAUGCCGCAUUGGUAUUAUUCCCGCAGACCAAUGUGCUCCUGGUCGGGUUGGCAUUAUCUCACGAAGCGGCACCAUGAUCUACGAAGCAAUUGGCGCAACCUUGAGAGCCGGGCAAGGUCAAAGCCUUGUCGUUGGUCUGGGAGGUGACUCCAUGCCGGGUACCACGAUGAAAGAAGCUCUCGAGGUGCUGCUACACGACUCGGCCACAGAGGCGAUCAUCCUUAUUGGGGAAAUCGGAGGUUCGGCUGAGGUUGAAGCAGCUGAGCUGCUCAAGCCCGUCAUCAGCAUCAUUUCAGGACGAACGGCUCCGCCUGGGCGCGCCAUGGGUCACGCGGGGGCUCUGCUGGCUGCUGGGGAGCUUGGAGCAGAUGCAAAGGCGAGAGUACUGCAGGACUCUGGUGCUCGUGUUCUGGAUCAUCUUGGCUUGCUGGAGAAUGAGCUUCGAGCUAUUUUCUCAUGA